AUGGGCUCCCCUUUAGAUUGGGAUGAGAUUGGUGCAAUCCCUUACAGGGCCCGUGGAAAUCUGACCUACAAUCAUCUAAGCUUCCGAGCCCUGUCGCAAGAAUGGCGCGAAAAGGUCUACCCAUGGCACAGCAUUAAAGACGGUAAUCCGACCAUCUCCGCUCAAGGAGUCAAAUACGUUUCCGCAUUCCUCCAAGCUUGGCUCUUUUUCGGUCUUCUGAGGGAAGUCGUCGGCGAAGAUAAUUGGGACAGAGCCUCACUGAUACAUGACAACGGCACGGAGAUCAAUAAGUCCAUGGUGGUCAAUCUAGUCAACCAAUGGAAGAAACGGGAACUUGCGUCGGAGGUUGGACGGGCCGGUCGACUGGUGAGAAUUCAGCUUGUGUUGUCGGAGGCGAGGACGCAUGUUCUACAGAUAUGCUCUGUGGAAGAUGAGAAAAGCGAUUCCUCUCUCGAGGAUGCGGAGUAUAACACCAUUGCAUUGUCGUUGAUGGUGCUAGGAGAGAUGCUGAGUAACCUUACUGCGAGGAUUCUGGAGGAUUCCGGGCAAAGGAAGGCCUUAGGAUGGACUGUUGACGAGAAUAGGGGAUGGGGACAAACGGGGGCAAUAUUGAGAUCCAUGCAGAGAAAAUGGAGCCCGGAAACAGUGCAUAUGCUGAGAAGCUCGCUGAGGGGCCAUGCAACAGCUCAGCUGUACGCCCUGCGGAUUUCGGGGGAAGAGGAGAAGGGCGAUAACGAGGGGCAGGUAAUUAAAAAUCAGGGAAGUGUUUCAUAUGAGAUGGCUCAUUGGGAAGGGUGUGAGCAUCGAGAAGAUGGUAAGAACGAAGACCUCGUUGGGCCCGAUGAGAAGCAGCUUGGGGAGAUCAUCCAGAAGGGAAAGAUUCCACUGGUCAAGUACACAUCGGCGACGAAUAAGGUAGAGCUGGUGGAAUACGACGUCGGGACACGGUAUGCAAUCUUGUCCCACGUAUGGAGCGAUGGAUAUGGAAAUCCAAGUGAGAACAAGACACGUCCCUGCUUGCUCGCCUUUUACAACGAGCUGUUUUUCAAGGCGCAGAAGAUCCUUCACCGGAUCGAUCCCGACCCCGAAUUGCCCUUUUGGAUGGACACAUUGACCAUUCCUGUCAGAGACCCUACACAACGGAAGCAGGCCAUCAAAACCAUGCACCGUUCGUAUACUCAUGCCGACUUCACCAUUGUGCUCGAUUCGAGGUUGGGACAGAUGCAAGUCGGGCACUCGUAUGCUGAGACGGCGAUGAAAAUCUUCUCCAGCCGCUGGAUGAGUCGACUGUGGACGCUUCAGGAGGCAUAUCUCAGCAAGAAACUCAUCUUCAAAUUCCAAGACACAGAAUUAGUCGAUCUGGACCUGUUGGAAGGCAAUUAUCUCUCGCAUCCGACUCUCGCGGAGUCCAUGGUUGCUGCCAAGGCACGCAAGUACUAUGACCGUUUGCUGGGCUGGCAAAGGCAGAAGAGGAUCUAUAAUGUCCGAAUUCAAGACGACUCUCUGCUGCCUUCUAUCUGGGAGGCAGUCCAAUGGCGCACAACCAGCCAUCCCAAGCAUGAGACGCAGGCUCUCGCAACGCUCUUCCAACUGGAGGUUGACUUUCCAGAUGGCUUCGAUCAUUUUCAAUGCGGAGAGGACUGCGGAAAGGGCAUCCAUAAGCCUUGCGCUGAUGAUCUCGACCAUCGCAUGAAGCUCCUCCUCGAGUCGCUCUACGACGCGUACCCGGGGUCCAUUCCACAAGGUAUGAUCUUCCUACCUGGGCGUCGACUAUCCAUCGAAGGCUUUGGUUGGGCCCCGUCCACCUGGAUGGUCGGACACGAGGUCAACCACGACGACCCCAUAUUCAACACGUCCCAAGCAGCCGAGCUCACAUUCAAUGGGCUCCUGGUACGAUACCCGGGCUUUUUGCUACACUCGUCCGAGAAUCGCAUGUACCUCGAGAACGAAAACUCGUUUGUUUUCUCGCGCGACAUUCUACUCCUAGAGUGGUAUGCUGUUCGACCCGUCGAAGGAUCAUGCUCUGCUAUCCCCCGGACAAAAGGCUCGGAAUUCGCGAUCAUCUCGUCUCGUGAUACCAUCUUCGAGGAUCGUGAGAUCGCCCUUCUGGUAGAGAUCAAGAGGCGUCGGCACCCAAAGCUCCACGUGGAGAUCCUUUCUCGGGUUUGGAUCUGGCGCGAGAGAGACCAGAGUCGGAUUCAUGAGUUUCAGAAACGGUUCUGGGACCAGAAAGCCGACGCUUGUGAGUAUGGGGAGUCGCUCAAUCCGGAUCAACUGUGGAGUAUUGGGAGAUGUAGCUGGCAGCCAAAAGAGGGCGGAUGACCGGUGUUUGCACUGUUUGGAUGACUCGCCUUGACAUUUCGCCUCCAACCGAAGUGUGAAUCUCAGGGAGAAAAUAGCCGACAUGCCAGCCAAAUGUUUUGACUUCGG